AUGGCUCUUCGUGAAAAUUAUUUGCAUGCUAUGUUCAAGGCCGUUUUUACUGAAAUGAGCGGUCUGCUUAUAAAGGAUAUAUCUCGGAAAGUGGAAUUUAUAGCUUUUGAAAAGCUCGAAAAAUUUUGGGCCGAGAAGGAAAAAAGAGUUGUACUUCCCGACAUGUCAAGUCCUAAAGGGAUGGCAUCUCCUUUAGCUUCUAUCGCUAGAUCAAAGGACUCGUUAGGUGAAAUGUUUCGACAAGUAGCAGCUCAGUCCAAAGCAGAAAUGACCGCUGCGCUUGGACAAGAUGUCUCUGAUCUUUUAGGAACAGAUUUCUUGUAUUCGCUUGGUUCGUAUCGCAAUCUUCCGAGUUUUAAAAAGAAAAAUAUAAAAGCCGCGACUACUGAGGACAGGAAAGAUAAUGUUGGCACCUCUUAUUCUAGUUCGAGAAAGUCUGAAGAGUCGCCAAGUAGUUGCAGUUCAUGUUCUGACAAUGAAGAUGAUGCGCGUAGUGUCGCAUCAAGUGCGAGUAGUCAAAGUACCAGAAGUCACAUAUCUACUCAUUCCUCACGCUCACUUUCUCGGAACAGGAAAAGAUCCGAUUCUGAGCACAGCACGGCAAUGUUAUCCGAGCAGGUUUCUUUGGAUAUGUCAUCUCAAGACUCCAACACAGCUUUUACAGUCACUUUCAAAGAUAUAAGCGACGAGACAAAGUCAGAAGUUGAGGCGGCUGCUGAUGGUAGUUUUAGAGAAAAACCUGUUAUUUCCAGGACUAGUGGGAGCAGCAUGUCGGAAUUAUCUUCCCGUAAAAGCACUGAACGAGAUGCCUCUCUUAUUGCUGAGCUCGACGAAAACUCUUGCUCACCGGCAUCUCAUGAGAUAGGAAAGGCCGGCGUUUCUUCUGAUGCUGUAUCAAGUAAAGAGGAAGUUGCGGGUUUGAAGACGUCAAGAGAAGGGAUUUUGCUUCCAGCUCUAGAGGCCGAAAAAGCCACAGAGAAUAGUGACUCAAACUUGCGUGGUAUAUCAGAAGUGUCUAGUAUGGUGGAAGUCGCGAAUGCAAAACUUCAGAAAAGACGGCGAAUUAGAAGUGAAUUAGAAUCUUUGCUUCCCCCUCCUGUUGAUGUUUCAAAAGAUCUGUCGAGAGUGCGUUGGUCUUCAAGAAGAACUUGGGAACUGAGAAGCGAGGCUGAAGAAGAGGAAGUGAUGUGGAGAUUUAUGAAAGAUGGGUUAGACAAAGAGGACCAGGAUUACCUAGAAAAAAUGUUCCACACCUUACAAAGUAGUGGCUCUCCAAGCUGGAGUAGAACUUUGUAUUGGGUUCCUCCAAGGAAGAUUUCACCAGUAAAGAUAUUGGAACGUCCUAAAAGGAUUGGAAGGAUUGAGAACUUUUUUGACGAUCCAGAGCUUUCUGGGGUUUUUCCACAUUCUACCGGCUGUGCACGCGCUCAGGGUUUCUAUAAACUUUCGCAUAAACAAAAACGAGGUGUCAUAAGACGGCCAGAUCUUUUUAGUGAUAAGACUGAGAUUAAUGAGAAGGAGGAGAAUGCAGUUCGGCUUCAGACGCAAGCAGCCAGGGAUGCUCGUACUAUGAACCGGCGGCUACUUUAUUCUAUGAAGGACACUUCUUCGGAUAUUCUUAAAGUCAAUCAAUUGAAGGUUAGACUUCCGAUCGCUCCUGAUGAUAUGAUAGUUGAAUAUGUGGGGCAGAAAGUAAGGCCAACUGUUGCUGAUGAACGUGAACGUGCUUAUGAGAGGCGAGGGAUGGGAUCCAGCUAUCUGUUUCGUAUCGAUAAUGAUACUGUUAUUGAUGCGACCCAGAUGGGUAAUUUUGCUCGUUUCAUCAACCAUUCAUGUCAGCCUAACUGCUAUGCGAAGGUAGUUACCGUGGAAGGUGACAAAAGGAUCGUUAUUUAUAGCAAGGUUCAAAUAAGCAAGGGUGACGAGAUCACUUACGAUUAUAAGUUCCCAAUUGAGGAUGAAAAGAUUGACUGUCUUUGUGGCGCACCAACUUGUCGUGGGUCUCUUAAUUGA